AUGAGAAUCUGUAUUUUGCAGUCAUCCUACAAAGGAUCGGAUUCCGCGCUGCACGACGUAGACGACAAGCCGGCCCAGCCAGGGCUCUUCACAACCGAAUAUACCUUCGAAUACCGCUUCAUCCACAAAGCCACUGCCAAAGAGGAAAUCGACGCUCUAGCAGCCGAGGGCUUCGACUUCUAUUUCAACUUCAUGUGGGGAGCCCUGGAGCCCGUCGCGGGCGUCCUAGAAACCCGCUAUUUCGAAUCCCUGAAUCUUCCUUCCUGUGGUAUACGCAGCUGGGAACGCUCGAUGACCAAAAACGACUUCUACAAGAAUGCCAGACGCCGGGGUGCGCCGCCGGUGCCAGGGACCGAUGACUUCCCUCUAUUUGUCAAACCGGCGAAUGGAUGUGCCAGCCAAUUGAAUGACGACCAGUCGGAAGAGCUGGAGGGCGCGCUCCGCCGCAUCAACAUGGGAUUGUAUGACGCUCGCGUGAGACGUGCCGAGACGAUGGGCAUUGAAGAUACAAAGGCCUAUGCUUAA